AGCGAACGCAAAAGAACUGAUCAGUUUACACAAGCUUUUCAUAUAUUCAUUGAAUAUUGUAAAGGUUCUAGGUCAAAUUUGAGCACCGCAAAAACACAAAUGAGUAGGCAUUGUUUUAUUGUCAAGCAUUUGUAAUUUUGCUGAUAAAUUGGCUAAUUUUAAAAUCGUGACUGUAAACAAACAAACAUCGUAAUCAUGAUGUCGACCAAAGGUGAUAAAGCUGUUGAAAGACAAAUGCAAAUGUUUGAAAUCGAAAUGAUGCAACAAGUAUUUACCAGUAUGACAAGUAGCUGUCUAGCUAAAUGUAUUCCAUCUAAUUAUAAUGAUGGUGAUCUAACUAAAGGUGAAGCAGUUUGUUUAGAUAGGUGCGCCUCAAAAUUUAUGCAAGCUUAUAUGCAAACUACUAAGAAGUUGUCUACAAUGGCAUCGUCAGACCAAAAAGUGGUAACUAGUAACUAGACUUUUUCAGGACAUAUUCUGGGAAACUUUGCUUUCUAAACUGAGACUUUAGAUGUAAAGAAACAUAUCCUUGUUUUCUGUAUUAUAUCGCAAUUGUAAAUUAGUUGUAUUUUUAAAAUACAACUAUGUCAAAAUGAGUUUACAUUCUGUGGUAAAUUUCUCAUGAAGAGCUAGUGAACUGAUUGUUUAGAUGAAGCGUUACUAGACAAUUAGGUAGUCUGGUUUUGUUAUGAACAACAUUCCUCUGAAGUUGAUGGUUCAAUGUUUUAUUCUGAAGUAACAAAACUGUUAAUUACUCUGAUUGGCCUGUAUUAAGACUCAUUAGCUUAUACUAACCCCCCCUCCAGAUUUCAUGUUAAGAUUUUAAAAACUGAUUCCGAAUUUACUUCUGGACGUUUGCAACCCUUCCCUCGUCACUUGAAUUUAGCACUCAAUUUAUUAUUUAGCUAUUAAUUUCCACUGAGCACUUUGCUGAAAUUAUGAACUUAUAGUUACAAAUAUUAUUCCACCCUCUUAAUAUGUUUCUGUACUAAUCAAUAAAAUGAGGAAACUUUGUUUUGUCAUUGUAGGCAUGACGUAAUAGGUGACUAGUUUCUGUUUUUCCAUCAUACUUAGUGCUGCUUGAUGAUAAAGCACAAAUUUAUGAACAUAGUUCCGUCUGACAACCGAAGAGAGCUCGAAUCUUUUUCUUGAUCCUUUCUCAAAAAUAGUAUUAUAGCUUUAGAAAUAUGUGCUAAGUGGUUUAAUGGUUGUAUGUCUUCGGAGAUCCAAAAUGAAUGCCUAAACUAUGUCUAAAUAAUCCUGCGCUCAACUGGGACUAGCUCCAAGAUGAGUUGUGCGUAGCUUUAAUACGUCGGGUCCAUAACGCAACUCAUUAUAUCAACUUAUAAUUCUGUGUACUAACUUUCUUGCAGCUAGGAAGCACUAUUUCUUAAAGGAAAUGAAAGCGAUGAUCAUAUUAUCUAUCGUCUGUCGAAGUUUUUCAUAAGUGAAAAGCUCACUCAAUCAGAAAAUCCACAAAAGAUUUCAACAAAUAUAUUCGGUAACUUUUCAUCAGGCUUUACUACUACAAUUAGAUGAAUCUGUUCGGGGUACUUGAGUGUCGGUGUUUAGUAAAAUCAUAGAACGUGCACAUGAAUUUGAGAGUUGAAAAUAAUCAUAAUAAUGGUAGCAAAAUUGUAAGUGUAUAUGAUUUGUUGGAAAUUUAUGCAUUAGUAUCACAGAAAUAGCUAGUUGGUUUCACUCUAGACAUGUGUUAGCGGGACAUAGACUGGAUUGAAGCAUGCUCAAUGCACGGUUGCUUUGGUGCACGCUGAUUGGAUAAGAAUUAGCCAAUCAGCACUAGCCGAUAGUUGGAGAAUACUCUAGGAGUCUUCUCAUUCAAAAACUAUGAAUAUACUAACGUUCUUCCUAUUGUGCUACUUACUUCCA